CAGAGGUAUCAGUCUCACAGGAUGGCUGACCCAGGGACCCCCCAGCCUGCCCGCUCAUCUUCCAGCAUGUCAAUGCAGUCCGAUUUAGGGAAAGGUCACUCCAAGAGCAAACACAUAUCCUCCACUCCGGUCCCCAGUGACGUUACUCUUGAAGUGCCAGAGGUUGCAGUUGAGAAAGAGAAGCCUGUCUCAGAGGUGGAUGUUUCAGCAGAGGAAGUAGAUUCCUACACGAAACGGCUGGUAAUUCACUCAUACAUGCUAAAUUACCAGCCUUUAGAGGAAAGUGAGCGAGCCUUGGAUAAAUUCAUCUCAGACUCUUCUGUCAGGCUUCUCAUUGUCUACCAUGACCCUUUCACCGGCCUACGUGUGGACUACGCCAUACCAGCUCAGGUGGUUGAGCACAUGUCCUACUUCAUUCGGGCAGAGGACAGUAUAAUCACAGAGGAGACUUUUAGGAGCUCGGUGCAGUUUGGUUCUGUAAGAGGAGGGGCCAUAGAAGGUCUCCUCAGGCUGAUGAAUGGCGUUCACACCCCUCAGGUCACCCUCAGCACUGCCUGGCCAGAGACCGCCAAGAACAACUACUCUGUAGAAUUGCACCGCUUCCUCAGCAAACUUACAGACAGCAGAUUUAAACUGCUGGGCAGCACUGUACUAUACGUCCCUCUGGAGGCUCUGCAGCACCGCCCAGAGGAGGCCGUCACAAACAAGAGUCUGGUGCAAAGGCUGGAGAUGGUGAUGAUCCACUGGACACGUCAAAUAAAAGCAGUGCUGAGCACUCAACCUGUGAGCGACAUAGGAGACACCUCAGGCCUCCUGGAAGAGAUCUCUUUCUGGAAGAGCCGCUGUGCUGAUCUGGACAGCAUUAGUAAACAGCUGCAGAAACCUGGAGUCUGUCAUAUACAAGCGAUUCUGCAGCUCUACGCAUCAACCUACAUCCCACCCUUCUGUAAACUAGCCAAGCAGAUCCAGGAAAGUACUUUGCAGGCUCAGUCAAAUGUCUCCUUCUUGUCCCUACUGAAAGAGCCAUGUGAGGAGCUUGCUCAGCUUAAACCUUGUGAGAUUGCACCCAAACUCACUCACAUCCUUAACCUCAUCCGUGUGAUAUGGGUCAAUUCCAGCUACUACAACACCCGAGACAGGAUCACUGCUCUAUUAUGCAAGAUUAGUAAUGAGAUCAUCCGUCUGUGCUGUCGGGAGAUUUCUCUGGACAGGAUCUUCCAGGGUUACGUGAUCUCAAGCAAGAAGAUUCUGAAUGACUGUAUCCAGUGCUGCCUGUCCUGGAAAGAGCUCUACCUGCACACCUCACAGCUCCACCACAAAUACUCUUCCCAAGGGUGGUCGCUUGACCAGAUUACCAUAUUUGCUCUGGUGGAUUCCUUUGUGCGGAGAUGCAAAGAUCUAAUAGAGGUGUGUGAGUGUCAGCAGCAGUUUUCUCGCUGGGAAGAGGGUGAGCGGGUACCAUUGCCAUGCUUUGCAGGACGUCAAGGGUCAGAGGUCACUCAGAGAUUGCUGUACAUAGAGGCAACCUUUGACAACAGCCUGCAGGUCCUGCGUUCUGUUAAGGACAUCCUGGAUGUCAGAAAUCCCUCUUGGCAUGAGGACUACAGCAGGUUCCGUGGUAAAGUGAAAGAUCUGGAGGUGAUGAUGCAGAAUUUGAUCACUUCGACCUUCGAGACUGUGAACUGUGUGGAGGAAGGAGUACAGCUGCUUGACGUGUUUCAGCACCUGUCUGGACGAGAGGCUAUCAAGCGGACCAUUGACAGAAAGACAGUGGAUGUGUACGCUUUGCUUAGUUCUGAGCUGAGUGAAGUCAAUUUGGUGAUGUGCAGACUGUCAUCUCUCACUGCUGCUCAGAUGCCUCGACACGCAGGACAGGGACAUUGGACCCGAGCACUCCGAUCACGGAUAGAAAGACCCAUGGAGGUUCUCUGGCGUGCUCAUUUCCUGCCACACGUCAGCAGUGGAGAGGAAGUGCGUGUGAAUUAUGCUAAGCUGUGUCAGACUCUGGAUGAGAAGGUGAGGAGGAUCUUCACAGACUGGAGUCAGAGUCUGAACCGAGAAUGUCUCAGCAGUCUCAACCAGCCACUCAUGAUCCGCUGUAAAGGGAAGACAGGUCCGCUGGACAUCAACUUUAACAAGAACCUGUUGAAGAUGUUUAAUGAGAUUCAUUACUGGGACAGACUGCUCUUCGAGAUCCCUCACUAUGUCACAGAGGUGUAUCAGCGCAGAGAGGAACUCCACAACCUGAGAGAGAAUGUCCUCCUAGUUGUUAGAGACUAUAACAGAAUCAUUAAGGCUCUUAACGAGGAUGAGCUAUGUCUCUUUUCUGAGAGAAUUCGGUUCCUGGAUAGGAAAAUCCAGCCAGGCCUGUCAAAACUGCACUGGUCCACAAAAGGAACAUCCAGCGUCUUUAUCAAUGACUGCAGAGUGCACGCUAACAAGGUGCAGUUAAUGGUGGAUGAGUAUAAGGCAGCUAACUUAGCUGCCUCUAAGCUCUGCGAGCAGAUCAGUGAGCUGCUUUUGGUUCAUGUGGAUGGCAAGAUGGUCUAUGGAGACCUGGAUUUCCAGGAGGAUCAACAGAGUCAUCAGCAUAGCCAGCUGCUCCGACUGCAAAACGCUCACCAGGACAUCGUCAAAAUCAUGGCCAGAGUGUAUGGGACCUUCCACCUAGAUGGCCCAGAGGUGCAGCAGCAUUGGGUGUCAUACAUGGAGAAGAUGGACAGAAUGGUUGAGGAGGCUUUUCGUUUGAAUAUAAAGCGCUCUCUGCAGGAGCUCUAA